CGUGCAUCCGCUCCAGUCUCUACCAUUCCCCUUUAAUAUCCAUGAUCUCAUUUUCAGCCGUCUCCUCUUCAUGUUUGUGGACGUGGUCUGCAUAUUCGAAGAGGAUAUUGGAGGCUUAAAUGCUGUGCAAGAUAUGCUUUUAACCUGGGCACAUAUUGGAUCCGGAUCUUCAUUGCCAUAUGCUGUCCGCCCCAGGGUUAUUGUGGUAGUCAGUCAGCAAGCCCAGAGUGUGACUCAGGAUGUCCUCGACGAGCAGGACUUCUUGUUUGACCUUCAGACAAAAGAGCCUUCACUAUAUGAGUCUUUUACGGAAAUCCGCUUUUGUCGUCUACCUUCAGAUGAACUAUCGUCUAGUGCACAGUUUCUCUCUUUGAGGGCGGACAUAUCGCGACAACUCCAUGACGCACGCUUCGCUCGCAUACAGAAGCAAGUGUUAUUUUCAGCUACUCAUCUCGGCGAUUUAUUCAAAUUAGCAACGGAGAACGUCUGCAUGUCUCCCUUGUCUCAGUUUGACUUCAUUAGAGCUACAAGACAACAGAAUCCACUUAAUGGGUCAUUUAGCUCACACCUUGCUGAGUUUCUCAAGUUAGCUGGAAAGAGCAGAAUUCCAUAUGAAGGUGUUUCAUCCCACAUUGCAUCUGCUAUUCUAAUGGACGCAUAUCCACCUGGAAUGCAUCUAUUUUGCCCUCGCAAAGUUUUCCGCAGUCUUUAUUACGAUAUCUGCUACAAGGUACACCGCAAAGAAUACAGCACAGUUGAACUUACACAAGUUCAGUGUGAUCGAAUUGAAAACCGCAUUGAUGCUUUGUUUGAGCAUAUGACGCUAGGUUCCCACUCAUCUGCCCAGGUUCACCUGGAGAACCUUCAAGACCAAAGCAAUUACUGGGGAGCGCUUCGAUCAAAUCGAACGUGUCUAGUAUGUGUUAGGCGAAGCCCGGAGCACAGUUUGCCCUGUGGUCACGCAAUAUGUGACAUAUGCGUUCAGAUAUUUGGAGAAUUAUCGUUACUCAGGGAGGAAGAGCACAUCGUUUCCCACUGUCCUCUCUGUGGGGCUUCGAAACCGUUGACAGUUCGACUGAAGCCACCGACGGCUGCAUCCCGCGUUCUUAGUAUUGACGGUGGUGGGCCACGAGGAAUCAUUCCACUCGAAAAUCUCGAGAUUUUGCAGAAUUAUCUUGGACCCGAGCUUCCACUCUCGGAUAUGAUCGAUUUGGCCGUUGGAUGUAGCUCUGGCGGAUUGAUUGCUCUAUCAAGAUUCAUGCUCAGAAUGGACAUCCAAUCUUGCAAGGCACUUUUCCGAGCACUAGCGAAAAAGGUUCUAGCCCGAAAGAAGCCACUCCUUCGCUCUUGGCUAUCGGAUGGCCUAUACGAUGUUAUGACUCUGGAGGAUGCUCUCAAGGAACACUACACUCCCACACGGCGGAUGUUCGAUACACCUCAAGCGUGUAUAUCGUCAAACAAAGUGGCAAUUAUUGCGAGCGAAAUCAAAGAAGGAGCGCCCUUCAUAUUUACUAACUAUAAUGGGGCGGCACCUCAUAGAGCAGAACCAGCAUAUGGAAGACUACGGCCCGAUAACGAGACCGAGCCAUUUGUAUGGCAAGUGGCUCGCGCCACAUCAGCGGCUCCAUCUGGCUAUUUGCUAAUCUUGACAGUCUGUUUCCAACCAUUGACAUUCCGGGUCUCGGCACAUUCCAAGACGGCGGAAUAAGAAGACAUAAUAACCCCAUAAACCUAGCACUCUCAGAAGCGAAACAUCUUUGGCCAAACUCUCCAAAUCCAGACGUCUUUAUUUCACUUGGCACGGGGUCGGCCGCAGCCGACGCCCCAAAAACAGUUUCCCGGUUCCGCAACAUCUUCGUUGAUGGAUGGGUGCCGCGAAUCUAUCGUUCGUUUUCGUCGUCAUUUGAAGGUCAAUGCGGCUGGAGGGAGGUUCUCGGCUUAUUAGAUGAUAAAUCUCGAGAUGAUUACUUCAGAUUUGACUUGUCAGUUCCCAGUGGCCUACCCAGCAUGGACAAUACAGACUGCAUGGAUCAGUUGUCGAAGUUGGUGCAUUCAAACCCGUCCGGGCAACAGAAACAUCUGGAAGCAAUCACAUCUUUGCUCGCCACAUCCUUCUUUUUUCAACUGGAUUCCAGACCUCAAUUUUAUUCGGGUUUCUUACAGUGUGUCGGUACGAUACGCUGUCGGGCUCCUGCACAAUAUGCAAUCAACUGGAUAGAUGGCUUUGACUCAUCACGAAAGGAUUUCUACAAGGAUAAUAUGAACUUAGGGCUACAUCUGACCCCAGAUGAUAUCUGUUAUUCUUGCAACCGAUACUGCAGACGGGUGCGCUUUAUCGUUAGAGACUUGAACGAGAAUAUUGGAAUAUCUAUUCAAUUUGGUGGAAAACAGCGUCAUCUCAGUGGGUUUCCAAACAACAUGCAGUGGUUCAUUGAUCAACAAGGAAUCGACGGGAAUUUCGGGUCGCCAAAUCACAGGGUGUAUCCAAGACCUGGGUGUCCUGCCUGCGAAGGCCCGGAAUCAGGAAAGUCCAAAAAAAGGAAGUAUAUUGACAUAUGA